UUCAAUUGGCAACAGCAGCAAGGCCGCUAAACAGAGCUGGAAAAUCCCUCUAAAUAAAAAUAUUGCUCUCUCAUCUCACCGCUUCUUUGUUGUUACUGGCCACACCUCUUCCCGCCAAAAUUAAAUCCCCUCAAAAAUGGAAAAUUCCAAUUUUGGAUUUUUCAUCUCACAGUCAUAAUCAUAGUAUCACAAAGAAUCAAAAUGGGUCUCUCUCGAUUUCUGAAUUUAUUUUCAAAAACCCACACAAAACCCAAAUUUCUAACUCCUUGCACAAGAUCAUCACUCGCCACUUACUCACAGAAAUCCAUCAAACAUCAAAAUUUCAAUCUCAACUCGCUUCCAGACCACAAAGACUCAUUUGGGUAUCCAUCAAAUCUUCAUCUUAUGAUCUACAGAUCGAUCCACGAGGAUUUGAUGCCCAAAAAAUUGCCUUUUGAGCCCUAUGAAAAGAAACCUGCCGAACCCAAACUCGAAGAAGACGCAGCCAAAAUCUGCAAACUCCUCUCAAGCCGCUCUGAUAUUCACGUAGAUAAAUUGCUCGAAAACGCUUCAAUUGAAGUGUCCCCUUCACUUGUUGCAGAGGUUUUGAAGAGGCUAAGUAAUGCGGGUGUCAUUGCAAUGUCAUUUUUUACAUGGGCAGAGAAGCAAAAAGGGUUUAAAUACAAUACAGAAAGCUACAAUGCUUUGAUUGAAGCUUUGGGUAAGAUUAAGCAAUUCAAAUUGAUAUGGAAUUUGGUGAAUGACAUGAAGAGUAGCAAAUUGUUAAGCAAAGAUACUUUUGCAUUGAUUUCGCGGCGGUACGCAAGGGGCCGGAAGGUUGAAGAGGCUAUAGAGGCUUUUGAGAGGAUGGAGGAGUUUGGGUUCAAGCUUGAUACGUCGGAUUUUAAUAGAUUGAUUGAUACUUUGAGUAAAUCUAGACAUGUUGAGAAAGCAAACAAAGUGUUUGAUAAAAUGAAAAAGAGAAGGUUUGUUCCUGAUAUCAAGUCUUAUACAAUUUUGUUGGAAGGAUGGGGAAAAGAACACAACUUGUUGAGGUUAGACGAGGUUUACCGAGAGAUGAAAGAUGAGGGUUUCGAGCCAGAUGUUGUGACUUAUGGUAUUUUGAUCAAUGCGUAUUGUAAGGCAAAGAAGUAUAAUAGGGCGGUUGAGUUGUUUCAUGAGAUGGAGGCAAAGAAUUGUAAGCCUAGUCCUCAUAUUUUUUGUACUUUGAUUAAUGGAUUGGGUUCCGAGAAGAGGUUAAGUGAAGCUCUUGAGUUUUUUGAACGUUCCAAGAGUUGUGGUUUUGCACCUGAGGCACCUACUUAUAAUUCUCUUGUAGGGGCUUAUUGUUGGUCAAUGCAAAUGGAUGAUGCAUUUCGGGUGAUUGGUGAGAUGAGAAGAAAUUUGGUCGGUCCAAAUUCAAGAACAUACGAUAUAAUUCUCCAUCACCUGAUAAAGGCUCGAAGGAUGAAAGAGGCUUAUUUGGUUUUCCAGAAAAUGACCAGUGAGCCGGGCUGUGAGCCAACUGUGAGUACUUAUGAAAUUAUAGUGAGGAUGUUUUGCAAUGAGGAGCAAGUGGAUAUGGCAAUGCUGGUUUGGGCUCAGAUGAAGGCCGAGGGAGUGCUUCCAGGAAUGCAUAUGUUCUCUGAUUUGAUUAACAGCUUGUGUCACAACAGUAAGUUAGAUGAUGCUUGCAAGUAUUUUCAGGAAAUGUUGGAUGCAGGUAUUCGACCUCCAGCCAAGAUGUUUAGUAAUCUGAAACAGGCUUUACUUGAUGAGGGGAAGAAGGAUACAGCUUUAAAUUUGGCUAGGAAGAUUGAUAAGCUGAGGAAAAUGCCAUUAGUUGGUGGAGGCCAGUAGUGAGAGAGACUUUGGGCUUAUGAUGGUGCCCUUCAGGUUCAUACGAGAUCCCACUAUUGUCAUCAUCUUUUCCUAGUAAAUGGAUCUGGGCCACAUAUUUGGUAUCUGAUAGACGUGAUAUGAACCAAAGGUGUGACUUUGUGGCAAUUUCUUUUAUCUUCAUCCUGGCUAUUUACCGGUUGAAGAUUUUGCAGUUUCAAAACUGUAGAUUUGGAGUCAGUUGGAUAGGGGACAGUUGUAACUGGGAAGACAUGAUCUUUUUAAGGAUGAAAAAUAUUGCUAUCAUUUAAUCUUAUUCAUCAUUGAACUAAUUACUCUGGAAUCUAAUAUCACUUUAGUACUUAAUGUGAAAGAUUACAAGAAUGUAUAUUUGCCUCUUUAUUUGGCUUUGUGAAUUACAGAUGAAUCCAAUAUCUUACUGCCUCUCAGCUGGUUCAGAGUGGACAAAGGGGAGAAAGGGGGUUGUGUUGCUUUCAGCUCAUCAUUCCCUUUCUCAAUCAAUGUCAGGAUUUUGGUCAGCUAUGCAUAUUGGGUGUUAGUGCAAUAUACAGAUAUGAGAGCUUUCUGCAAAUAAUUAAGUUGUUAAACCUUGUUUGCUUGCCAAAUAACUGGUUCAUUUGUGGUGAGAUGUGAGAUGUGAGAUGUAAGCAGCAGCAGCAAGACUGGAGUUCCAUUGUAUGGCAUGUUUCUAGGAAGGGCUAUAUCUGAGCAGAUUGGCUGGCCAAUCAACGAUUUUUAUUUUGAAUUAACUACCUUUUGAUCUCCUUCAUCGAUGGUUUAUUUGAUCCAAGAAGAUGUAUUUAGGGUUUGCCAAGCCUCAUCUAUUUGGCGUGUAGUGCGUUUGCCCACCCUUAGUUCUCUUGUAUACUUUCUAGAUCAAAUUAGAAUGAGAAUAAGUAUGUUGGCAUUGAUGUUAUUA